AUGUGGAGGAUGUGGGACCACCAUUGGGAACUGGUUAUAUAUAUUCGAAAAAUUGGCGUCAUUUGUGGCCUUAACAGCAGUAGUUAUAUGCCUUGUAUUGACACUGUGUAUCAUGUUGGGCCUUGGUAUAGGCCUUGGGUACAAUUAUUGCUACGUCGACUUGAAAGUUGUGAAACCGGGUUCAAGUUCGGGUUCAAGGAGAUCAGGCCAAGAGCUCGAUGAAACCAGUUUGGAGACACAGGACUUCAGGCGAAAUAUGGAGACAACUGCCCCAUUGCCUCAGAGGACCGUCACCUUGCCCACAAUCAAAGCAACGAUGCAAAUACCCCUUAACGGAGAGAUUGAUCUUGCAGCACUGUUUUCUAAAUUAAGGGGACGGAAUAGAAAUGUCACCUUAGAACUUGUCACGUGA